AUGGCUUCCCUGGCGAACGAACAUAAUGCCAGAACUAUUGUUGGACUCCAAAGCAAUUUCUCGCCGCUUCUUCGGAAGAUGCGAUCACUCGUGGAGGGCGGAGAGAUAGGGCGAAUCCUCACCAGCACCUUUAUCGGUUCCUUCGGCAAUAACAUCGACACGGAGAGCAAGAACGUCAGAUAUUUCCUCGACCGCAGCGUCGGAGGUAAUGUUAUGAGUAUCCAUGUUGGGCACAGUCUCGAGUCGAUUAUCACCGUACUGGGUCAGUUUAAGUCAUACAAAAGCUCUAGCACGAUUACUCGGCCUGAGCUUGAUAUCGUCGAUCAUCAGGCAGGUGACACAAUUGUCCAGAGAGCGGUGCUGAAUACGGUCCCCGACAACGUUUUGCUCUAUGGGGCGGUAGGGCCAUCAAACGCCCCCGUGACGGUCAAGUUAUAUGCUGGCAAGGAAUUUCCCGGAUCGCCCCGGCUGGACUGGCAGAUCCAGGGCACCAAAGGCUGGUUGAGAUUGACUUCUCCCGUCCUGUUCCUGAAUGUCGGAGACCCAGGAGCGAAACUCGAGAUAUUCCGCUCAGACACAAGCGAGGUUCAACAGGUGAAGGCUGAUUCCGAUGAGUGGGAUAGCUUCCCUAUUGCAGUGCAGAAUAUUGCACGCUUAUACGAGGCGUAUAGAGUGGGAGACUGGUAUCCGACGUUCGACUGGGCUAUCAAGCGGCAUGAAAUGAUAGACACAAUGUGGACGGAGUUUGACUCGGACAGACGGGAACAACACACCAUCGAUGGCUAG